AUGAUCCUGCAGCAGCAGCUAAGACCAACGCCGCUCUGGGCGGCCUCCACUUCACCCCUCAUGCGCCGCAGCUUCGCCGAGUUCCCGCUGCGCCGCGACGCCACCCGGUGCCUGGCCCAGCCGGGGGGGCAGCGGGUGCUGAGCCCGGGCCGGGUGGUGGUGGUGAGCACGGCGAGACACCGCAACGCGCUGGGGCUGGUGCUGCAGGUGAGCUCGGGGCCCUCGGGCCGCACCUUCACGGCGCUGGUGCUGAGCGAGAAGCCCCCCGAGGCCGGGGGCGCCCCCCCGGAGCCCCCCCCGGCCGCGCCGGACCCCGAGGAGCUGCUGCUCACGCGCCUCUUCCUGCCCGAGGGGCCCCCCGGGCACUGCCUGGAGCAGCUGCGCCCCGAGGACAUCGUGGGGGUCGCGGCCAAGACGCUGCGGGUGAACCCCGAAAUGCUGCUGCAGGAGCUGCGCCCGGCCCGGGGAGCCCGGCCCCGGUCGCCCCCCCCCCCGGGCGGGGGUCUCGGCGCGGCGCUGCAGGAGCUCUCCCGCCUGGCGGGGGCGGCGCCGCUGCCCCUGCUCGGCGCGUUCGGGGUCCCCCGGCGUGGACCCCGGGGCAGGGGCGGGCGGCCGAGUGCGGGGCUGGGGGCUGGGGCGCUGGGGGCUUCAGGGUGUUUGGGCUCCUGGGGUGUUUCCGGGGUUUUGGGGGUUCGGGCCCCCCCGACCCCCCCCACAUCCCCGUCUCCCCAGUACUCCCAGUUUGCGGCCAGGCAGGAGCUGCUGGAGCAGCUGGAGGAGCUGCAGUUCCAGCUGUCGGACCAGUCGCUGCUGCUGCUGCCCGAGUACCACCAGCGCCUCGAGGUGCUCUCGGAGCUGGGUUACGUCUCGGGGGGCGCGGUGGCGCUGGGCGGCCGCGUGGCGGCGCUGCUGAGCACGGAGCAGCUGGUGCUCACCGAGCUGCUGCUGGGCAACGUGCUGGCGCCGCUGCGGCCCGAGGAGAGCGUGGCGCUGCUCUCCUGCCUCGUGAGCCCCGGCCGGGCCUGGAGCUGGGGCGCCGCCGCCGCCUGCGGGGCCCGGCUGGAGCAGCAGCGCGGCCUCGGGCCCGGCCCCGACGACUUCGCGGCCCAGUUCGGCUUCGGCCUGGUGCAGGUGGUCUACGAGUGGGCCAGGGGCAUGCGGAGAUGGAGACGCCUGGCCGUGCAGGAGGGCUCGGUGGUGCGGGCGAUCCAGCGGCUCGAGGAGCUGCUGCGGGAGCUGCGCCAGGCCGCGCGCGCCGUGGGCGACCCCGCCCUGGCCGCCAAGAUGGAGGCGGCAGCCGCCAUGAUCAAGCGCGACAUCGUCUUCGCCGCCAGCCUCUACACGCAAUAA